UGAUGGGGCUGAGAUGGACGAGAACGUUGAUCAGAGCAAGCUCCCCUCCAAUGAAGUCAUGCUUAACUUGGCAUUCUUGACGGGCAUGGAGGAGGCCAACAAGUUCUUGCCUAGAGACGACAAGCUACAGGCUGGUGCUUUCACCGAGGGCCAAGCAAAAGAGAUUGUUGGGCGAAGUGGUUGUGGUCGGGGGAGGAAGGGACGGGCUGAUGGGGACAAGGAAGAGGAGGUGGUGGGCAGGGCCAGCAAACUGAUGGUGCCGGAGCUGGAGGAGGAUGGUGCCAGCGAGUUGUUCGACAAAAUGAUGCUGGAAAGUUACAAGCUCCGAUUUGAUGCGAUGGAUGAGCUAGAAAUCACAAUGGGAAAUAUCACAGCUGAGAAAAGAAAUAAGAGGGCUGCGCGGGGAAAGCAGGGAAAGAGAGAGGCGGUGGACCUGCGCGGGCUGUUGCUAAGCUGCGCACAGGAGGUGUCCACUGGCAACCGCCAGGGUGCGGGCAAUCUGCUGAAACAGAUCAGGGCACAUGCGUCAGCGAAUGGUGAUGCCGCUCAGCGUCUGGCACAUUGUUUUGCCGAGGGGCUUGAGGCUCGACUGGCGGGCACGGGGAGCCAGGUGUACAAGUCUCUCAUGGCUAAGCACACCUCCACCAUGGAGUUCCUCAAAGGGUAUGAGCUGUACAUGGCUGCCUGCUCCUUCAGGAGGGUGGCGUUCACAUUUGCCAGCAUGACCAUCUUCGAUGCAGUGGAAGGGAAGAGGAGGUUGCACAUUGUGGACUAUGGCUUGCAUUAUGGGUGCCAGUGGCCUGGCUUGCUGUGUUGGCUGGCGAGUAGGGAAGGCGGGCCACCAGAGGUGAGGAUCACUGGGGUUGACCUCCCCCAGCCUGGUUUCCGCCCAGCUAAGAGGAUUGAGGAGACAGGGCGGGCGCUCAAGAACUGUGCCCGUCAGUUCGGCUUGCCGUUCAAGUUCCAUGCCAUCACGGCCAAGUGGGAGACUAUCCACGCGGUGGACCUCAACAUCGACCCUGAGGAGGUGCUUGUGGUGAAUGACUUGUUCAAUUUCAACACUUUGAUGGAUGAGAGCCUUGUUAUCGACAGACCCAGUCCCAGGGAUGUGGUCCUAAGGAAUAUCCAGAAGAUGCGGCCAGAUUUGUUCAUCCAAGGUGUUGUGAAUGGUUCGAGCGGCCCAUUUUUCUUGGCACGGUUCCGAGAGGCGCUCUUCUUUUACUCAUCGGUGUUCGAUAUGCUUGAAGCCACCACACCGCCGGAGAGCUAUCAGCGUUUGGUGCUCGAGCGAGACAUGUUCGGGCAGUGUGCCUUGAAUACUGUUGCCUGUGAGGGUGCAGACCGAGUCGAGCGCCCUGAGACAUAUAAACAGUGGCAGCUGAGAAACCAACGGGCAGGCCUGAGGCAGCUGCCAUUAAAGCCAAUUAUCACUAAGGUGGCAACAGACAAGGUCAAGAGCCUGUACCACAAGGACUUCGUUGUCGACGUGGACCAGGGGUGGUUGCUGCAGGGAUGGAAGGGGCGAAUCCUCUAUGCACACUCGGCAUGGGUAGUAGACGACACUAGCUCUGAUUAUUAG